AUGGAUGAAGACCUCGUCGCUUUCGGCAUCGUAAUGAUGCUCUUCCUCUCUUUCCCCUUCCUCACGGUUCUCAGCAUUACCGGAUGCGUCGCCUACUCCCGCACCAAGACAUGGGACAAAGCGCGUAACCAGCGCGCCGUCGGUCUCGAGUCUUCCAACGGAGAAACCAACCGUCUCGUAUCUGACGAGGCUGAUGAAGAGUCCGACUUCUACGACACCGACGAUGAGGAGGAACACAAGAAGAACAAGGCGGAAGAGGAAGCCGACAAGUACCUCACCUUCAACCAAAAGUUCCGUAAGGAGUUCAGGAAGGUGUGGUCAGGCAAGGGCAAGGGCGAUAUCAUCAAGCAGAAGGAGCGCGAGGAGCGCAGGAAGUUGGCCAAGGCAGUCGCGAGGGAGAUGGACCGCAGGGAGAGGAGGAAGGCGAGGGCUGCCGUUAAGGCGCAGUCCGAGGACUUGCCGGCAUACACCAAGGCGUAG